AUGUUCUCGCUCUCGUCCGUCGUCGAGUCGGUCUUUGGCACCCUCGCCGCCGAGGAGACGAUGCCCCAGAGCCGCGCACACGACGAGGACCGCUCGGCCACCUCGACCGACACGAUCGACAACCCGGAAGACGCCCAGGCCAACGCUCAGGAGCUCCAGGACAAGCAGGACGACGCCGACGGCGCCGAGGACGAGGACGAGGAGGAGGUGCCCGACCAGGGUGACGAGAUCCGGGAGGCGUGCGGCAACACCAAGGUGUGCAAGGAGUUCAAGCACCACUUUGAGGAGUGCGGCGAGCGCGUCGCGGCAGGCAACACCAUCAUCGACGGCGAGACCUGCGUCGAGGAGCUCUUCCACUACAUGCACUGCGUCGAGGACUGCGCCGCGCCCAAGAUCUUUGCCGCGCUCAAGUAG